GGCUUACAGAGUGGAUUGGGUACAUCCGCUCGUGCUUUUACGCGCGUUUCCAUCCCAAGCAGUCAUCCCGUUGUGCUUUCGGUUGAUGUGUUGGUGAAACAUGCGAGUUUUGUUGCUUUUGCGUCGUUGGUGAUCUUCAGUUUGCCAGUAUGUGCUGGACGUCUAAGUUCUGAUCAGCUGCUUCUUUGGUGGUCGAGUUUUGCGUGCUUCUGGCACGAUAACGUCAGACAUCAUGGACUACUUGAUGCCAUCUGAAGUUGCCCGCUUGGUCCUAGGUUACCUGAAGUCCGCAGGGUGUCACGCCACUUGGGAGACGUUUUUAAGAGAAAGUCCUGACCUAAAGGAAUACGCUGAGUACGUGCGGAGGGGCAGGGAGUACCCGACGAGCAUCGGUGGCAAAAACCUUAUGCAACUUGUUGAUGCUGGCUAUCAAAUUACACAAACCCAUGGUGGAAGUGCCUCUUCAGGGGAUCUCUUGCCAAAUCUUCAAAAUUUAUCAGCCCAAUUGAAUGAUGUUUUAGCCCGCUUGCAGUCUGCACAACCGGAAAACAAUGCACCUGCUGCUGCGCCUACGAAUGGAAACGAAGCCCAUUCAAGCAGUAGUACAAACGCACUGCCGCAACAGCCAUACCGUACAGACCAGCAAUCAGCCCAGCCGUUAAUGCUGACGACGUCGAGCGGAUACCAAUCGUUGCAUCACUCCUCAGCCUCGCCUCAACAGGAACGGCGGCAUCCCCAUCCCGGUGGGGACACGUUGAGCUAUCAUGUUCACACGCACAUCCCGCCCUUACCUCUACUGCCACCAUCUAUUGCCAGCGUGCUGAAACACCAUUCAACCACGAAGCAACUUCCGGGUGGCCUAGCAAGGUUCGAGCCUCCGGAGAAGGACCUGGGAACGGCAACUCACAGCGGUCAUCAUUCUAACCCAGCAAAGUCCACACCAUUGGGUUAUUGCUAUCCUCCACCACCAGGACACAUUGCUACUUCGCAGCUUCCAGGAUUCGAUGACCCUUUUCUGGCCUAUCUGAACCCUUUUCCGAGACCACUGUAUCCUAGGCACCCCUACAUCAGCGACGAGGUGCCCGUGCGGGAUUGCGGCAUCGACCUCCGCAAACGGCCACAAGAAGCGAGCGAUGGCAGCUGUUCUUCGGGUGCAAGGCCGUCAAGUCCCGCGGGCAAUGAGAUGUGCAACCUUGCUGAGAAAGAAAAGAGCCAAGAGCACGAACCCCACUCCGAUCUUUCGCGUAACGCAGCCGACGGACAAGAUGGCUGUCAGGAGGAUCAGCGCGACAGCGCACUGGCAGACGAACCUGUGCCCUGUGUCGAACCUAUGAGUGAAGGCUUUGAAGUUUCGUCGGAGGCAGCGGCGGAAACCCGGACGGAAAUCAGCGAAGAAAUCGACGUGGACGGAAGUUCCCGAGGGCCAUCUCCGGCGUACGAGGAAGCAGGCACAGCUGGUGCUGUGUCAGGCUGUGCUGUGUCAGCGGCUUUAACUGUGAAUUCAUCUGCGCCCACUUCAACGGUGACGUCUGCUGCAUCAUCUCCGAGACCAACGGCGCCUUUAGUGCAGCAGACACCGGAUCAUCCACCGUCAGCCGAAAACUCAACGUCUUUCGAGACGCCAGAAAAUGCCGGAGUGCCUCCGCUCCCAAGCCGAUUUCCAGAUCCCGAUUCACCACGUGCCAUCUUGUCUGAAGCGAGAUCAAUGCUGCCGUCACUGACGACCCCCGUGAAAGCGAUUCGCUUCGACCCGGAGCGCUUUUACUCGCCUCGGCGGAAAAGCCUCAUCCCAAGGCGUCGACUUUUGGUUGGAUUUUCUCCAUCUGCCAAGCAAGCCGCAGACUCCGGGAGUACCAACUCGUCAAACGAAGACACCAGGGAGUUUUCGGCCCUGCUUGAUGAGUUGGUGCACAACUACCCAUUCGUAACAAAGCUGGCAGAGAACAUAAAUCAGGCUGUGGUUGGCCCAGACGGGGCUGACAACGAAGGAACAACUUUCCGUUUGGAGCCCAUUGCCGAAGAAGCUCCUGUCGACACCGGAGACAUGCUGAACUCGCAGGAAUCGGCCAUGUCGGAGUCUCUGAUAAAGGAGAUAUUGAACAAAACGGAGAAUGACCCCGUCUUUGAAGCAGCUCUGGCACAGAUAUGUGAAAAGUUGGACACAACGAACGAGGUUCACGGAGUCCUGGUCACCCCCUCCAAGAGCAGUUCAAAGUCCAGGCAGCGGACGGAAAACUGCAGUCCCAAGACACCAAGCCACUCUCGUCGACCUCAGUCGCAGCCCACAACACCGCAGCUCAUGCGCCUGUUCACCAUGCCGCGCAAGUCGCCAAACAGGUCACCACACAAAUCACCACAGAAGUCACCGCACAGGUCCCCACACUCAUCUCCAAACGUUUCACCGCACGUGUUGAUGCACAGGUACCCAAACAGGUCUCCGAAUGCAUACUCAGAUGUGUCCUCGAACGUGUCCCCGAAUGUGUCACCAAAUGUGUCACCAAAUGUUUCACCAAACACGUCACCAAACGUGUCACCGAACAAGUCAUCGAACGUGUCGCCAACUGCUUCCCCACAUGUUUUGCCACAGAUGGCGCCACCGGCAACCCCACCAAGACGAUCUCCAAGAAUUAAUGCUCGAAACUGUAAGCAAGCACAACAACCUCCUCUCUCCACAGCCGCAACAGGCUCAAUGGAAAGCACAGAAAACGCAGGAAGCAGCAUGCAGGGCAAAGCAUCGCUGGGAACGCAAGCGAAGCCUAAAUCAACACCCCAAGCGGCCAAGGUAGUGCCGGUCAACCAGUCUACUAACAAAGAUGCACCCGCAGAACAUGCAACAGAGCUGCCUUCUAAGCUGCCUUUGCCACCACAGCCAACUAACAAAUCUCCUUUCAAGGUGCCCCAAGAAACAGCGACCUUCAGGCUUCCGGUGAGCUUACCACUGAAGUCAUUGAUGAAGGAGGCCGCAGCGUUGUCACCUAAAGUCGUGCUGUCGCCACUGAAGCCCACCGUGCAGGUUGUUUCGAAGGCCACAGAAAACGGAGAGACUGUGACUUGCAUCUCCAUUCCUGACUCGCCAGCGUCAUCCAAGUCCUCCCCGCUCAAGCAGUGCUUGACGCUGGCGGAUGUCAUUGAUUCAGUGCUGUCACCAGAGCGUCGACAGGCGCUCUCCCAAACUGAGAGCAUGGUACAGCCACUGCCACCACUGCCUGCAGCUUCCAGCAAUGCUCAGAGCCCCGUCGUCAUUAUGUCUGAUGGCACCCAAGUCAUGCUGUGCACCAACGACAGCGUGACCUCUGAACAUCAGACACUCGCACCGUCUUCGGUGCUGACCAAUACGGCAACGUCGACCAUUUCUAACAUCAUUUACCCAAAUGUGAUGGUCAACGGCAUGCCCCAGCUUGGCUCCUUCAGCAUUGUAAUGCCCAAUGUCCCAAUGUCUUCCAACUGCCAGUUUAUAACCAUGAACGGCAGCACCACAACGGCUGUGGUGCAGAGCGGUGCGCCCGUGGCCAAGAAACGACUGCCCCUGCUGCAGCCCAAGGAGCCCCUGCCUUCGCAGCCUUCUCCGCCGGCUGCUUUCAAACAAGUGGAAGAUCCAAAAUACAGAUACGUAAUGGGAAACCGUUUAAAGAAUGCAAAGCGUAUUAAAGAGAUAACAAAACAUGGUAUGCCGUCACUAGAGAGCAGGCAGGGCCAGUCGAUUGCAAAUAGUAGCAACAGUGCCACGUCGCAGCCGUCCACAUCCGCGGCAAGCUCCCUCAAUGCAGGCAGACCACAGCACUCGACUGCCAAGCCACAGACCCCGCCAGGUGCCUCGCAUCGCUUGAAUGCCCCGUCGGCCAAUGAAAAGAGCCCCCAGUUGAAGUCUCUUGCGGCCGUUGCUUCCAAGUGCACGACAUCACAGAAUCACGUGAGGGUGUUAGACUUUGGUGGUGGUCCCAGCGAACUUGCACAGGAUAGCAGCGAGGGUGCCUCUAACGACGCUUCCAGCGAACGCCUUGUCAAGACGAUCGAGUCAAUCCGGACUAGCCUGACUGGAGCCGUGAACCGAGUGUUGAGAAACAACUCGGAAGGCAUUACCGGCCCUGGUCCAUCGAAGAAGAAGAGAAAAGGAACACCACAUAAUGCCGGGGGAAAAACAAAAAAGGCCAAAAAUGAGGAAUACUUGAAAAGCAUGGACGUAAACAAGUUUCUGGACAAGAUACAUAACAGCUGAUCACUGCCUUUUAUGUUAUUUCGUUAACUGGCACACCCAUGCCAUAACCUUGUACAGUUCAUUGUAAAAAAGCCAUCCUUCAUCAUAAUGAAUUAGCUGUACAUCUUGCAUUGUAUAUUAGCCAACUUCGUUAAUGGAAUGUUUUUAGCAUAUAGUAUGUAUAUAUAUAUGUAUAUAUAAAAUAACUGACAUUCUUGACAGGACACUGGAAUUAUAAGCUCAUACGGGUUGUGUCCAGGUUGUCAUUUGUAUUUAAUAAAUGCAAGGUUUCACAUUUUG